AUGUUGAACAUCCAACUCCUCACCCUUGCGGCGCUUUCUGCCACAGCCAUCGCAGACCUGAACUGGUAUGGCGACAAUGGAUGCGGAAAUGAUUAUCUGAGCGGAUCGACUUUCAACUGCGGCCUUGGCUGCACUGCAUUCACCGACUUCAAGGGGGAACCUACCAACAAUGUCCACUCCGUCGAAGGCCUUGUCUUGGAGCCAAACACUCAAGUCCUUCUUUACAAGAGCGCUGAUUGCAGUGGAGACCCAUACUCUGCCAUCGGUCAAUCCUACGGAUCUCCUGUUCCAGAAAACCAGUGCGUCCCCAGCAGCAAGGACGGCCUCGGCUCUUUCCAGGUCGUUGUCUACAGUGACAAGAGCGGGGGUGAGGCUUGUCCGCCAGGUACAAUGACCGCCGCAAGCUCCAAGUACCCAGCCCCCACUGGCUGA